CCUCGUCGCCCGUCAGCUGUUCCUCGAAAGAGAGAGAGAGAGAGAGAGAGAGAGUGAGAGAGGAGGAGAGAGAGAGAGAGAGAGGGAGAGAAUGGCACCACGGCUCCUGGCACCGCUGGCACUGGUGGUGGUGGUGUGGGCACUGCCUGGCCACUGCUGGGACUCGGAGGAGAUGGAGCUGUUUGAUUUGGUGGAGGAAGUCGGCGAGAAUUUCUACGAGGUCCUUGGGAUUUCUCAGGAUGCAACAACAUCGGAGGUUAAAAAGGCUUAUCGUCGGCUGUCCCUUCAGCUUCAUCCUGAUAAGAAUGAUGCACCAGAUGCCGAUGUUAAAUUUAGGCAGCUUGUUGCUAUAUACGAUGUCCUUCGGGAUGAAGGGCGAAGAGCUCGUUAUGAAAGAGUCUUAGUGGAGGGCUUGCCUGACUGGCGCUCUCCUAUAUACUAUUAUCGCCGUGCUCGCAAAAUGUCCCUGCUGGAAAUCUCAAUCAUCCUGACGGUCGUUAUAUCCAUAACACAGUAUCUUAUGGCCUGGGGUUCAUAUAUUGAUAAGAAGCAUAGUUUGGAAGAGUUCCUCAUUCGAAAGUACAAGAUCAAAGACCGGAAAAAGAAGAAGGGUGAGGACCUGCAGAAUAUAUCCAAGAUGGAGGAAGAACUGAGUCUCAUCCCAAAACCAAGCUGGUGGAACAUUUUACCCGUUCAGCUGGUCAAACUAGUCAUUUUCCUGGUAACUGGAGGACCUGGCAUUGUGCGAGAGAUACUUGCCGGGAUUCAGAGAGAAAAGGAGAGAAAACUGAAGGAGAAGGAAGAACAUGAGUUAGAAGAGAAAAGACUCAAAGAAGAGGUAGUCAUUCUGAUCAUUCACGCCUUGUCACAGUUACACCUGAAUCCCAAGCUCAUGCACUAUUGA